AUGGCCCACUGUGUUGUUCCUCACCCAAGCUGCGCUCUUCAUCCAGCCCCACCUGCUGCUGCUGGUCGAACCCGCGCCCGCGCUCUUCAUCCAGCCCCACCUGCUGCUUUUGGACCAACCCACGGUGGAUGGGUUGCGCAUUUGGGUGCAGUGAGACGUGUUUGCUGGGCUGCUGCAAGCCCGUUGCUCACGUGCGCUCCAUGGUCCCUUUCGCUCCCCUUGCUCUCCCCUCCGCGUCUUCCCCGUUCGCCUCCUUCCCCCAUUUCC